AUGUCUAUAAUAAUUUUUAAUGUGUAUUGUGAAGAGCUGCCACAAAUACAAAUAGAAGAUAAGUGUAAUUUUAUCGAUAGUAAACUGCAACCAAACACAUUCAGACUUCUUAGUAAAACAAUAGCUCCUCCAUUGGAAGGAAAAACCAAAGGUGAUGCUGGUAAAAUCGGUAUUAUUGGUGGGUCAACAGAAUAUACAGGAGCUCCGUAUUUUGCAGCGAUAACAGCAUUGAAGGCUGGGGCAGAUAUGGUGUAUGUUAUAACGACUGAAAGUGCAUCACCAGUAAUUAAAGCUUACAGUCCUGAUCUUAUAGUUUAUCCAUUUCUCAAUACUAAAUCAGCAUCCAAAAUAAGAUCAUUAUUACCUAAAAUGCAUAUGGUUAUUAUAGGACCUGGAAUAGGGCGUGAAAAUGAUACAGUGAAUCUUGUAUAUGAAAUAAUAGAAGACUGUAAGAGAAUGGGUAAGCCGUUGAUUAUUGAUGCUGAUGGGCUUUUCGCUAUCUCAAGGAAUUCAUCUGUAUUAAAAGAUUAUCCUUGCCCAGGGGUUAUAAUGACUCCAAAUCAACGUGAAGCAAAAAGGCUUAUGGAAUCUGUUUCAAGUAAUUCCAGUAACUGGUAUACUUACUGGGGAGAAUGUGUUUCUGUUUUGGUUAAAGGUGAAAAAGAUUAUUUUUAUUCAAACGCGUCUUCAUACAUUUGGGCGGCAACGGGAGGAGGAUCGGGACGUCGCGCUGCUGGUCAAGGAGAUAUAUUAUCCGGUGCAUUAGGUACAUUUUAUAGCUGGGCUUUAAAGACAGAGUUUUGUAAGAAUGAAAAUAACACACAAUUAGCGCAGAGCGUAGCAUCAUAUGCUGCUGCAAAAUUAACAAGACUAAGUAACAAUAAAGCUUAUAUGAUAGAGGGCCGAAAUAUGAUUGCUUCUGACAUGAUAAAACAGAUACACCCAGCCUUUGAAGUAAUUUUCUUUGGACCUUAA